AAUUUAGAGGAGACCCCUUCCAAUAAUUUCCCCAUUACGGCUUUACCCAAUUGGAAUAUCUAUUUCCACCUCUACCGGAUUACCCGUCUGUUUUCUUGCGCUGUGUUGAGAUCUCUUCAAAGGAAAAAUCUCAAUUUUUAGUCGUAGAUAAUAAGUGUGAGAUCCAUCAACUUGAAGGUGUGUGCAUGGGUACUCAAACAGAAGCAACACCUCUUCUUGAAGAUGGGGUUCUAGAGGAUGAGAAUAGUGGACUCUACACUGGAGAUGGUUCUGUUGAUAUCAAGGGUAAUCCUGUUUUGAAGAGUGAGACUGGGAACUGGAGAGCUUGCCCCUUCAUUCUUGGUAAUGAAUGCUGUGAACGUUUGGCAUACUAUGGCAUUGCUACUAAUCUUGUUACCUAUCUUACCACAAAGUUACAUGAGGGAAAUGUCUCAGCUGCUAGAAAUGUUACCACUUGGGCAGGCACUUGUUACCUAACUCCCCUAAUUGGAGCUGUGCUAGCAGAUGCAUACUGGGGAAGAUAUUGGACAAUUGCUACCUUCUCUACGAUCUACUUCAUAGGUAUGUGCACAUUGACACUAUCAGCUUCAGUUCCUGCCUUUAAGCCCCCUGAGUGUAUGGAUUCUGUGUGCCCAGCAGCAACUCCAGCCCAAUAUGUCAUACUCUUUUUGGGCCUCUAUCUGAUUGCUCUUGGAACUGGUGGAAUUAAGCCAUGUGUCUCGUCAUUUGGUGCUGAUCAAUUUGAUGACACAGAUCCAAAAGAGAGGGUUAAAAAGGGUUCCUUCUUCAAUUGGUUCUAUUUUUCUAUCAACAUUGGAGCUUUGAUAUCAAGCAGUUUGAUUGUGUGGAUUCAAGAAAAUGCCGGAUGGGGCCUUGGGUUUGGCAUCCCUGCACUUUUCAUGGGCAUUGCCAUUGCAAGUUUCUUUUUCGGUACACCACUCUACAGAUUUCAGAAGCCUGGAGGAAGUCCUCUCACUAGAAUGUGCCAGGUUUUGGUUGCAGCAUUCCACAAAUGGAACUUGUCUGUCCCUGAGGAUAGUACACUACUUUAUGAAACUCCAGACAAGAGCUCUGCAAUUGAAGGAAGCCGAAAGCUGUUGCACACUGAUGAACUGAGAUGCCUUGACAAAGCUGCUGUAGUUUCAGACGCCGAAUUGAAAACUGGGGACUAUUCAAAUACUU